AUGCGUUGCAAAUUGAGAGAGAAAGAGAGAGAGAGAGAGAAACAGCGAGAGACAGAGAAAGAGAGAGAGAGAGUGUUCGUUGUUCGAAUGCGACUUAUACACGUGUUGCUGGUGCUGUUGGUUUACACAGUGACCACAAUUGACGGAAAACAUCAAACAAAUGCACAAAGAAGAUGUGUGUCCGCAAGGAAAAACUACUUCAAUUUAUUAAAGACCACAAAGGCUUGCAGUACUGGGACCUACGUGUGUGAGAAGGCGAACGGUGGAAACCUCAGCUGUAUUCAGAAAGAAUUUCUCUGCGAUGGUGAAAGACAUUGCCCGAAUGGCGACGACGAAACCAACUGUGAGCCUGUUUGCCGCAGUGGCGAAUACAAGUGUGAAAGCGGACAAUGUGCUACAUUCUGUAACGGAACGUCCGAAUGUGAUGGUGGAGACGACGAGGAUCGGUGUGCUUGCAGUGUGAACGAGUUUCGCUGUGAUAAUGGUACAUGUGUACCUCGGUGCAAUGGCAAUGCUGAAUGUGACUCCGGCGCGGAUGAGGAAAACUGCCCUUGUCCCAGCGGCCGUGUGAGAUGUUCUAAUGGUACAUGUGCUAUGAAGUGUGAUGGGGCGCGAGAAUGCCCGGAUGGAUCAGACGAAGCCGGCUGUCAAAAAGACUGCGCGCCUACACAAGUGAAGUGCUCAAGUGGGCAAUGCGCUACUCUCUGUAACAGGGACGUUGAAUGUACGGACAUGAACGAUGCUGUGAAAGACGAAGAUCCGUUCUUCUGUUACGGUCGAAUCUGCAGAGGCCAGUCUUCCGCUGUGACAGGAUGUACAACACUUCUCACCUCGGGCUUAUACAGGCUUUGUGGGGGCAAUGGGUCGAUGGGGUGUCAUCCGCUAAAGGGUCGAUUGGAACAAUGUCCGAAUGGUCCGAACAAUCCCUGUAAUGCCAUAUGUGAGCCUUUAACCGACCUGGUCCAAACGUUGGCAUGCAUAGAAUUCGGUUACACAUCGGGCAUUAAAUUGGCUUCUCAAACAUUUGGCAUGUCAACUGGAGAUAUCAUUCCUGUCGAUUGUAGUAUGGAAACGUUGAGUGACUGCCGCGGCGUUGAUGUAACAUGCGACCAGGACGAUGUCUUGCAUAUCGAAUGCACUCCAUAAAAUAUUACCUCGACAUUAUUCUUUUAAAUUGAUAACAAUGGUUGCAAUGAAAUUAAUUAUUUUUCCAUGAUCUUUAUUUCCCUGUUCGUAUAUCUGAUUUCCAUUAGUAAGUUAUAAUCAGACUGAAACAUCAAAUCUGGAUAUUUAAGUAGUAGUUUAGUUUAUGGUAUUUCAUUAUUGUCACUAAACACAACAGUUGAAAACACAAGUUAGUAAAGCAUAAAAAGGAAAUGGGAAACAUGUUUAUUAAUUUUCCAAAUGAGCUUAUGUUAUUUGUGUUUAAAAAAAUCAAAAUGAAGCCUUACUAACAUUUACUUAAUAUGUUACCUUAUUGUUUCAAUUUAUUUUCUGCAUUAUGUAAACUGUGAUUAACAUGUCAUAUAACAUGACCCAUGACUGGAAAUAAAAUUUAUCUUAUCUUAUAUUUUUCAAUAAUUACUGAAAAUAAUUAAUUUAAGAAUAUUUCGAAAGCUUUUUUGUUUUAUUUAUAAAGAUUACAACAUAUGAAUAUGUUGACCAAUCUACAUUUACUUGAUUAUUGCCAUGCAUUCGGAUUUCCUUGUCAAUUAUUUUUUAACAAAAACAACAUCGGAUAUCAAUAGAAGUGGUUCGUUCAAUUUUGAAUUAUAUUAUUAAUUAAAUGAAGUAUUUUAACGUGUAUAUUUAUAUCUAAGUUUAAGUUGAAUGUCACUGAAUUGUAUUAUUGCAAGCAUAAUUAAGAUUCCAAAGAGUUAAAUUAAAAGUACUUCGCGAUCUUCUUCUUAGGUAGUUCAAGUGUUCAGAUUUCAGACAUUGUAAACCGUACAUAUAUAUACGAGGUUGUUUUCAAUGAUAAAUGGCCGAGCAGUUCCGAAUGCCUUUGCAUGUUUAUCAAUGCAUCCUC